AUGGCGCACCCUAUCGAUCCUGUGAAUCUCAGCCCCAUCCCACCCAUGAUCGAUUCGUACACCUAUCAUUCCAGAUUACCUUCCUCGAUAGAUGGCCAGAUCAAAGAUGAAGAUGAGGGAUGGAUAAUGGGUAUAGAUGAAGCUGGACGAGGACGACCAAUGGUAUAUGCUGCUGCUUAUUGUCCUAUCUCGUUCAAGACGACUUUGGAAGAAAUGGGAUUUGAUGACUCGAAAGCACUCUCAGCCGAUACUCGACAAUCCCUCUGGGAAUCAUUCGACGUCCACUCCGAACUGUGUUAUUCGUCAACUUCGUUAUCGCCUCAGGCUAUCUCGGCGGGAAUGUUGAGGAGGAUACCUAUAAAUCUGAAUAGACAAGCAGAAGAUGCAACGGUUGGAUUGAUCAAGGCUGCUUUGGACAGGGGAGUCAACGUCAAGGAGUGCUACGUAGAUGCACUAGGACCAGCACCUCAAUGGCAAGCCCGCUUAUCGGCCAUUUUCCCAACUAUCAAGUUUACUGUAUGUCCCAAAGCGGAUAGUCUCUUCAAGAUUGUAGGAGCUGCGUCGAUCAUAGCCAAAGUGACCAGGGAUCGAUAUGUGCAUAAUUGGAUAGAUUACGAGGAUGUCGGGGUUGACGGCUCUCUACCUGUAAAGACAAUUAAAGAAGGAGAAGAAGAGGAAGAAGAGAUUAAUAGGGGAUCAGGAUACCCUUCUGAUCCUAAAACUCAGGCUUUCCUGAAAAAUUCUCUGGAUCCUGUGUUUGGAUAUAAGGGGAUAGUAAGGUUUUCAUGGGCGACGGUGAAAGUGUUGUUGGAUAAGAAUGGGGUAGAGUGUAAAUGGAUUGACGAUAAUUCUCAACCUUCCGCUCUGAGCUAUUUCAGCGCAGAUAACGAUAAUGCUAAACCUAAGGUAUGGAAAGACCUAGGCGUAUCAGGUGUAGGCGAGUUAUGA